GGAAGGUCCUCAACAGAGGCAAAAGCGAUGGCUCAACAUAGAAGAGAGAAUAUAUAAUCUCUCUCCCUCGACCUCGACAUCUCCUCACAUUCCUGCAGCAUCGAGAGUUCACUUGACUCGUAAUCACUCUAUCCAUCCUAUCGGGUCCUAUCGAAUCUACUAUUCCAUCAAAAGUCAACAUGCUUUGGAAAAUCCUUCUCGCGUUCCUUGCGCUGUGGGCUACUGCUCUGGCUUACCCAGCCGGUGCGGAUGACUUCGGCGUACCAACCAAUGAGGCCGGGUAUGACAAAGCGACUUUCGGAGCUCUCGACUUGGCUACGACUACCGCCAGCCGUUACAAAUCCAUCAAGAUAGGUUGUCACAGGAAUGAAGGGAUUUGUAAAACGAAAAAGCAGCUCCUCGAUACAACACUGCCCGAACCGACGCACUACUGCACGCGUGAGGCGCUGGCUGCCCUAGCAAUCUGGCGCAUGUUCUGCAAGAAAUCAAUCAGUGCGUACUGCUGGGAGCGAGCGCCUUCGAUCGAGCGCUGCUGCAGCCAGUGGGUGGACAAGGACGAUCCCAAAUGGAAGGACUACCCAGCCCUGAUGGAGCAGAAGAACGGAAAAUGGGUGCCGACAGAGAGUAGCAUUGACGACCAGCGCAAGAUCAUUAGGCCCUCGUCAAAAGAGUUCAAUCCUAAUGUUGGAGGCAAAUGGUAUGGGUGUGGCUACUGGAAGCCCCAGACCUCGGACGAGUAUACAUGGGUCAUCAACCAUCUGGAAGACUAUGGAAUCAAAGACGUCGACGAGACUGGAAAGAUAAUUGGGGAGGAAAAGUGGAACGCGGAAGAGGGCGGUAAGUGAUUGCGAGGGAGCACUUUGGGACAUGGAGGCAGAGCACAGGGCCACGCUGACAGAACGUGUUUGUGAGGCAGACUGUGCCAUACACUGGAGAAAAGGGACUGCAAAAAGGAAGAGAGUGGAUGCAAUCAGCGUCCAAGGGAGAUGGCAAAGCCCGGGGAAAAUAGCUUGGGCGAUAUGAAGAGCAUUGCAAGGAGUGGCAGACAUAGAAUCCGGUCACUAGGUACCUUUUGUCGAGUCUUGGUUACAUGCUUCGGAAAAAUGGCAGCAG